AUGAAGACAUCAGCUACCCUCGUCCUCGCCGCUUCGGCGCUGGCCUCAGCCCAAGUCACAUACAAUGCAACAACAGGCCAAUACAUCUGCUCCCGCCCAAACUCCGCCUUCUGCGCGGGCGACUCCUUCGGCACAGACAUCAUCAUCCGCUGCGACGCAAACGGCCGCGGCCAACCGGGCCGCUGCACAAACAACCUCGCCGGCCAGUUUCCCUUGGGUGUCAACCCUUCCCUGUGCUGGAUGUCCCAGCCCUACUCGGGCGACGCCGCUUGCGAGAAGAACUGCGUUGUCUACGCCUCCCCCAGCCCCUUUCAGCUCCCGCCCAGCGUCUGCACCCCAUACGCCUCCGGCACGGGGACCGGAACGGGAUAUGUCCCGAGACCUACCUACCCAAUCGGUCCGCCGCCUCGGUCGUCUAGUAACGCUACGAUGACGAGUACUGCUGGCCCGUCUAGGCCUACUGGGACCGGAGGCGGCGGCGGUACUGGCGGUGGACCUGCUCCUUCUGGCAACGGUACCGCUCCGACGAGCCGCGGUGGUGGUGGUGGCGGCGGCAACGGUGGUGGCGGUAGCUCCGGUCGUCCUACUACCGCCACGUCCGGCAGCAGCCCGUCAGGCACGCGGACCCCGAUCCCGCCAUCGGGUACAAUCACCAACCCGACCUCCGUUCCCACCGCCGCGGCAGUCCAUAACUCUGUCGGCUCUCUCGUCGUUGCAGGCAUCGUCGCUGCCUACUUCAUCUAA